GGCUCGGUCGCCGCCUCUGAUUGGUCCUUCCCUUCGCCCGUCUUGGAGGAGACUGAAGGUUGGAUGGGAGAGGGGGGGUGGUGGUGGAGGGGGGUGAGUGAGGCACGAGUUGGCCUGAAAGCCUGCGCUGGCUGCUCCUCAGUGUCGGACACGCAGUGGGAAAGAGCAGGUCCCCGAUGCACAAGUCACGGCAGCCCUGAGCGGAGAUGAAGUCGGACUCCGACUGGCUCUGAUUUUCCAAAGCCCUUUUCAUUCAGGAGCUCGCUCGCCCCAAACGCUCAUCGAUAUGGCAGAUCCGUUAUCCCCGGGACCCAACGUUGCAAAAAUGGCGUCACGCAGCCGGGUCCGAGCUCUGGCGAUGAUUUUCCUAACUGUCACCGGCUGCUGUGUCACCCCGACGAGCGGCAAGGAGGGCUCCGAGGAGACCGUCAUCAUCGGGCUCCGGCUGGAGGACACGGACGACAUUUCCUUCAUGGAUAAAGGCUACCUGCGGGUGAGCGAGCGCUCCCGGGUCAAACUGAGGGUCUACGGGCAGAAUAUCAACAACGAGACCUGGUCCAAGAUCGCGUUCACCGAACACGAGCGGAGCCGGGCGGUGGGGGGCUUUGACAGCUCCUCCGGGGAUAACCAGAGCCAGGAGGACUCAUCCGGCUCGCAUCCCUGCGGAAUUAGGACUUCGGAUAUAAUUAUAUUGCCCAACAUCAUAUUGAAUCGGAAAACAUCCGGAAUAGUUGAAAUCGAGGUGAAACCUCUGCGGAAGACGGAGAGGAGUAAAGCGUAUUACCUCUGCAUCGCCACCUCCGCGUCGGCGGUGCCCGGGAUGCGCGACCCGUGGUCGGAGAGCACGUGGAUCUACCACGACGGGGACGACACGAAGGUGAUAGUGGUGGAGGAGAAAAAGUUCCUCCUGCCUUUCUGGCUCCAGGUCAUCUUCAUCUCCAUGCUGCUCUGCCUUUCCGGGAUGUUCAGCGGCUUGAACCUCGGGCUCAUGGCUCUGGACCCCAUGGAGCUUCAGAUCGUCCAGAACUGCGGCACGGAGAGGGAGAAAAACUACGCCAAGAAGAUCGAGCCGGUGAGGAGCCAGGGGAACUACCUGCUCUGCUCGCUGCUGCUCGGGAACGUGCUGGUGAACACCACGCUCACAAUCCUCCUGGAUGACAUCGCCGGCUCCGGGCUGAUCGCCGUGGUCAUGUCCACCAUCGGGAUCGUGAUCUUUGGGGAAAUCGUGCCCCAGGCCAUCUGCUCCAGACACGGCCUCGCCGUGGGAGCGAACACCAUCUUCCUCACCAAGUUCUUCAUGCUGCUCACCUUCCCGGCGUCCUACCCGGUGAGCAAGCUGCUGGAUUACCUGCUCGGACAGGAGAUCGGGACCGUGUAUAACCGGGAGAAGCUGCUGGAGAUGCUGCGCGUUACGGACCCUUACAACGACCUGGUGAAGGAGGAGCUGAACAUCAUCCAGGGCGCGCUGGAGCUCCGGACCAAAACCGUGGAGGACGUGAUGACGCCGCUGAGAGAUUGCUUCAUGAUCCCCGGGGACGCCACCCUGGACUUCCACACCAUGUCUGAGAUCAUGAAGAGCGGCUACACCCGCAUCCCGGUGUUUGAGGGCGACAGGUCCAACAUAGUGGACCUGCUGUUUGUCAAGGAUCUGGCCUUCGUUGACCCGGAUGAUUGCACGCCGCUCAAAACCAUCACAAAGUAUUACAGCCACCCGCUGCAUUUUGUGUUUAAUGACACCAAGCUGGAUGCGAUGCUGGAGGAGUUUAAAAAAG